AUGGCCCAACCCAACAACUCCAGCAUGCUCUCGCGCAUCCCACCCGAGCUCCGCAACAUGAUCUACAGCCUGGUCCUGCGAAGAGACGAGCCCAUCAUGAUCCGGCCGUGGGGCUCACGGUGCGACAUCCCAGCGCGGAUGAAAGGCAAGAUGAUGAAACUAGACGCAACAUCCCUCGCCAACGACGGCGACGCCAUCUACCAAAAGUUCCGGCAGAUCGACCUGCGGCGCGAGACCCCACGCGCCAGGGGCCACUGCGCGCUCCUGCGCACCUGCCGCGCCGCCAACGAGGAGGCGUCACCAAUCCUAUUCCGGGCCAACCGCCUCGUCAUCGACGACCCGUUCUUCGGCCGCGACUGGGCCCUCGACCAGGGGCCCCGUCGUAUCAUGCUACUACGAGAAAUCUCGCUAUGGAUCCGCGCGAGUAGGUACGGGCACCCGGACUGGCUGGAUUUGCUGAUGGAGUUGGAACAGGCGUCCUGGGAGAACCACCGGUUGCGUGUGAAACUGAUGAUUGAAAUGCCCGUCAUCAAGGAACAUGGCGAUGAGAUCUCGUCGUAG